GCCGCACGUGUUCAACUUUUCUGCACUGUGAAAAGUGACAGACCCGCUUGAUGGAGGUGCAGUCGGUUCCUCUGGGCUCCGUCACCGUCGGAGCUGCGUCCUGGCGGGAUGGCACGGUGCGCUCGGUCCGGAGGGCAGAGCGGCUGGUGCGGGACACUCGAGCCGGAGCAGCCACAGCCCUGAGCCGGCCGCAGACCACCAGCGCCUCGGUCACGGUCCCGGGCUCCGCGGAGGACACGACACCGGAGCUCACCACCCCCGGAGAGAACGACAAGAGGACCGGUUCUGGCAAAGAUGAAAACAGCCCAACUCCAACUAGACCGCGGACCACCACCACGCUGCGGUGGUGCUGUCCGCGGCCUGCGGGGGGCGCUCCGUUCCCUGGCACCGGGCUGCGGGAGGCGUGUGCGGGGGCGAGCGUGGCGGCGGCGGGCGGGUACAUGAGGGCGGUGCGGCGCGUGGAGGCGGAGCUCCGCGCGCAGGCCGGCCGCGUGACUCAGGAGGCGCUCCGGCUCCAGAGAGAGAGGAACCUUCUGGAACAAACCCUCCGCAGUCUGAGGUCUCACCUGGGCAUCAACCGCAGCAGCACCACCCACAGGACCAGGAGAGACGCCAGGGAGAGCGUCUGUGAUGGUGCAGAUGAGCUGCUGCAGUCUGAGAGGAGGGAGCUGCUCCGUCUGAAGCAGGAGCUGGAGGAGACCCUGAGCUCCACUCUGACCCAGCUACAGUCUCUGUCUCUGUCCAGUCGUCGUCUCUUGGCCUGUGCUUCUGAGCGUGUUCUGGUUCUGGAGCUUCUUCCUCUCAGUGGAUCAGGAAAAACCAGAGGACUACCAGGUACUACCCCCACGGGCCCCUACACCCCAGAGUGUAAAGAGGCUCUAGACUCGUCCAGCUCCUCCAUGAAACAGUCCCAGCUCCUCAGACAGACCAUCCGACAGAAGCUGAGCAGCGCCCUCCUCAGGCAGAGAGCGGUACAGCAGACGGUCAAUGACGGGCUGGUGAAGAAGGUGGCAGAGACCGUCAGUCUGCAGCAGUCCCUGGCGGUGAUGUGUGGAGCCACGAGACAGGCCCUGUACCGGAAACAGAGAGAGAUGGACCUGAUCCUCCACAGCCACGGACGCGCUCAGGGUCCAGAGAGCAGUGGAGACGUUCAGUCCAGAGAGAAGCUGGACCGGCCCCUGGUGCAGGUCUAUCACAGACACCCAGGGACCCAGCUCCCAGAGGCGGCUCAGCUCAUCCAGGGCAGUGCGGUGUUGGCUCGCUGCCUCUCGUCUCGGCAGGCAGAGUUUGAUCGUCUGCGGCGCUCCUCUGCCCUGCUCCACAGCGACCUCCAGAGGAAGAGCUCCGCCGCUGCAGUGGACUGUGCCCUGCUGAGGAUGAGGCGCAGAAAUGUGGACAAGCGCGCAGUACCGGUGUUUCUCCAGCAGGACGCACUCCGGAGCAGCACGGCCCUCUCCUGUGCUCAGUAGACUCACACAGCACACAUCAUGCACACCUGGAGCUCUACUUUGUUUCAUUCACUCUUGUUUCAUUAACCUGCUAAACUCAGUGUCACAGAUAAAAGUCCAGGACUUCUCCUGUGCAGUUUUUAUGUCCAUAAACCAUCAUUUCCCAAAGACUGGGUCGUGACCCUCACGUGGGUCGCAAGAGAUUUUUUUGGGGUCACCUUGUAAAGAUCUGCCUGUAGAUCUGUAAUAUCCACUUCUGACACUGAUCUGCUGCUGCGUCUCCUCCUGCAGACUGGAACGCACUACAAAAACACAGACAGGCCCACCUAUUUCAGUAGAAAUGUUGAAAUGAAAAGACAUGUUUUGUAUCAAUUCUAAUCUCUUUUUGUAAUUAUUUUAUUGACUAUUUUGUGCCAGUAUUGCUGGUUCAGUUGAAUGUUGAAAAGAAAAAGAAAAGUUCUGUAUUUAAUGUCCAAAUAGGCGACUUCUGAAUCCUUUUAUUGUUGCUUCAAUGUUUAAAACUGGAGUAAUACUAAUUGUUCAGAGAGACAAUCACUCAGUCAACAAUAAAAUAUCCUCUUUAAUGUUAAAUAAUGAUCAAAUCCACCUUUUAAAUAUGGGUCCCCAGAAAAAAAAAAGUUUGGGAAACACUACCAUAAACCAUCACCAUCAUGGCUCUGAGAGUAUAAUGAGCAGAGUGUUUAUGAGGGUGGCAUUUGUGUACUCUGCCACUGUUCAUUCCUGUUGCUGACAGCAGAGGGAGCUCCAGCGCCUAAACACCUCACUGAAACAGAGGUGUAUGUUAUAAAGUAUAUUUUUCAAUGCAGACAUUAUUAAAGUGGAACUAAACAUUAAAUCCACUU